CAGUCCUCCAGCUCUCCCCUCAGUCCAAAUUUAGAAACAGAGAAGCCUCCCCUGUUCCCAUUAUAUCAUCCUGCUCUAAUCUCCUCUGGUGCAAAUUCCAAGCAGAACAAAGCAAGCAAUCAACAAUGUCGGAGUCGGUCGCCGGCGUUCCUCCCGUCGUAACUACCAUCUCCACUCUCCUCCAGCGAAUCGCCGAUCAGAACGAUGCCCUAGCGGCCGGUCGCUGCAACAUGCCUUCCCAGCCGCCGCCUCCCGCCGCUGUGGCUUUCUGCGCCUUCGAGAAGCCGGAUAUCUCAAUCAGAUGCUAUCUUGAUCGAAUCUUCCAGUUCGCUCACUGUAGCACUUCCUGCUAUGUUGUCGCUUACAUCUACCUCGAUCGCUUCCUUAGUUUUCAUCCUUCUUUCGCUAUUGACUCCUUCAAUGUUCAUCGAAUUCUCAUCACGGCCGUUCUAACUUCCGUCAAGUUCAUGGAGGAUCGAUGUUACAACAAUGCAUAUUUUGCGAGGGUUGGAGGGGUGAGUUUGCAUGAGAUGAACUAUUUGGAGGUCGAUUUCUUGUUCGGGUUGCGUUUCAAGCUCAAUGUUACACGAGACAUGUUCAACUCUUACUGUUCCUACCUUGAGAGGGAGAAGAAUCUAACCAACCCGAAAAUUCCACCGAGGUUGCAUUGUUUUCCUUCAGAAGAAGAGUCGAGCAGCAGCUGCAAGCAGCAGCAGCUCAUUGUGUGAGAACUGCCUUCUUUUUGCUCAUAGAUGAAUGAAUACAUUGAAGAGUUUGUAGAAUAUUCAUGCAUAGAUGAAACUUUAACACUGCUUUUAAAUCCCCCCAUCUUUGUUUUUUUUUUUUUUGGAUUUUAUGCUUCAUUUUGGUCUGGAGACUGUUAGGUUGGUUGA